AUGUCGACUGCGCCUUCGCUUGAUGGUCCUGGUCAGCUGCAAAUAGCUAAAGAGGCGGCUCUGGCAAAAGUAGAAGAUGCUAGAAUAAGACGCCUUAAUAAGAUUUUAGAGGCUCAAAAUGAGGGAGACAUUUUCGCCCAACAUUUUGAAGAAGAGCAUGAAAAACAUUACAUCGAAGUGGAAAAGGAGUUUGCCUUAGAAGAGGCCAGAUCUAUGGAAAGAUUUCAUACCCUUUCCGAAAAGGGUGUAGAAAGAAUCCAACAAUUGUAUGAAGAAAAUAAGGAAAAGGCACUCGCUAAUCUCAUUGUUCAGGUCCUUAAUAUCAAGCCAACCGUUCACAGAAAUGCAAUGAAUUUUCUCUGA